AUGGCAGAAAUAGCUUUUUAUGGAAAUCAUUUUACAAUGUUGAGAUCAAGUGCAGCUGAAAAACUUACUAUAUUUACUAAUUUAUGUAGCAACCAAAAGGUUCUGAAGAAAGCCUGUGUCAAGGCGGGGAGUGGUGCACUUCCGCACUCAGGUCAACUAACCAAGUUCAGCUCCUCUCUGAAGAGCUUUCACAUACAGGAGCAUAAAGACAAUAGCACAGCAUAUAGAGAUCCAGAAGUUGUGUGUGUGUUGGGGGGGGGCAACCAGAAGAUGAGCAGGAGGAAGAAAUGCCUGGGAGAACUCACCGGCACCUUGAAUGUGGCCAAGGGGUCAGCAGACACUGAGGUGGUUUGUGCACUUCUGUGCCCCAUCGACUUCUCCAGACAGAAGCUAGAUCCCAAAAUUGCCAGGGCCCCACAGAACUGCUACAAAAUGACCAACGGAGCAUUCACUGGGGAGAUCAGCCCUGGCAUGACCAAAGACAGGAGCCACAUACAUAAUACUGGGCACUUGGAGAAAAGGCAUGUCUUUAGGGAAACAGAUGAGUUGAUUGGGCAGAAAGCGGUCCGUGUCCGUAGUGGACUUGGGGUGAUCACCUGCACUGGGGAGAAGUUAGAUGAAAGAGAAGCUGGCGUCAUGGAGGAGGUUGUUUUCGAGCAAACCAAGAUCAUCGCAGACAAUGUGAAGGACUGGAGCAAAGUCGUCCUGGCCUCUGAACCUGUGUGGGCCAUUGGGACUGGCAAGGUGGCAACAUCUCAGCAGGCUCAGGAAAUACACGAGAAGCUCCGGGGACAGCUGAAAUGCAAUGCCUGUGAUACGGUGGCUCAAAGCACCCGAAUCAUUUAUGGAGGUUCUGUGACUGGAGUAACCUGCAGAGAGCUAGCAAGCCAGCCUGACGUGGAAGGCUUCCUCGUGGGUGGCCCAUUGCUGAAGCCGGAAUUUGUGGACAUCGUCAAUCUCAAACAGUAA